CACCAUAUUGUUCUGUGAUGUCACCUCUGGAAUGUUCUGAGUGUUUUGGUGACCAGCUUAUGCAUAGGACCUAUACCUGGCACCUCACAUUGCACUCGAGGCCAAAUUUUACAAGAAAGAGAGAUACCAGAUCUGAAAUCCUAGAAAUUCCAAUCAAUGUGGUUCUACCUCAGUCACCCAAGAGCUCAUUGGAAGACCAGGGUCAUGCAACCAGUGGAAGGGAAAUGUAGGAUGGAGCGACCCAAGGCACAGAGGGGCACCGCUGAGCCCUUCCUGAGGUUGCACAACCUGUACAGCACUCCUCGCUGCUCCAGGCAGGCUGGGUUGCCCCGGAUGAGCCGCAGGGUAGUCAGCCAGCAUUCCUACCCACUCAACCGCUUCUCCUCGGUGCCCUUUGACCCCAUGGACCGCCCCACCUCCCAGGCUGACCUGGAACUGGACUACAACCCUCCCAGGGUGCAGCUCAGCGAUGAGAUGUUUGUCUUCCAGGACGGGCGGUGGGUGAACGAGAACUGCCGCCUGCAGUCCCCUUACUUCUCCCCCUCCUCCUCCUUCCACCACAAGCUGCACCACAAGAGGCUGGCCAAGGAGCAUCUGCUGCAGGAGGAAAACAAGUCCCUACGGGAUGAGAACCGGGCCCUGAGGGAUGAGAACAAGGCCCUCCGCAAGGAGAACAAGAUACUGCAGGUCUUUUGGGAAGAGCACAAGGUUACCCUGGGCCACGAGGAGAGUUCGUCCUCCUCGCCCCUGCUGCACAAGGAAACGGCCUCCCAGGAAGUGGUGAAGAAGGACAAUGGCACCUUGCCUGCCCAGCGGAGCAAGGAGAACACCCUACAGCUCAUUCGAGAGGAGAACCGGGCCCUCCAGCAGCUGCUGGAGCAGAGGCAGGCCUACUGGUCCCAGGCAGAAGACAACGCAACUUCUGCCGAGGAGGGCAAGCCGACCCCCUCACCCAAGGAGGAGCCCCAUAAUCCUGGGCUUCUGCCGGACCAGAGCCCAGGCCUCUCCUCCCCAUUUGAGGAGCACAAGGGGCCGCCUGCAACACAGGAGGACUCUAAGACACUGCGCGCCCUGAGGGAGAUGGUUAACAACUUAUCUGGACCAUCUGGGGAAGAGGAGGGCAAAGUAGGCCCCAACCUGGCUGACAGCACUCAGCCUCUGCAGCUGCUGAGAGAGAUGAGCCAGGCGCUGCAGGCCCUGAGGGAGGAGAACCGGCUGCUGCAGGAGGAGAACCGGGCUCUGCACGUCCUGCGUGAGGAGCAUCGAGUCUUUCAGGAGGAGAACAAGGCCCUGUGGGAGAACAACAAGCUGAAACUCCAGCAACGGCUGGUCAUCGACACGGUGACUGAGGUCACAGCCCGGAUGGAGAUGCUCAUUGAAGAGCUGUAUGCCUUCAUGCCAGCCAAGAACAGUAAAGAUCCCAAGAAGCCCAGCAGGGUCUGAGGCCUUGGCAGCUGAUGUAGACACAGAUCAAGCACAGCGCAGGAGACCAGAGAGAAUCCCCAGCCUCCCUUUGUCCUCCUCACCUUUGCAGCCCCCAGCGCAUGUCUGUGGAACAGCAGAGAAAGGGCCGUCCUACACCCAGAGACACAAUAAAGGCGGAGGAGGCUGGGGCAGCCAACACCAA